AUGUAUUGGCCAGAGAAAGAUGUUAAAACAAAGAAGAAACGUUUCCAAUUCAAGGUUGGAGAUAAAGUGAGACUCUCACAUCUGAGAAAUGUAUUCACUCGGGAAUAUGACGAGAAGUGGACAGGAGUAAUCUUCACCAUUAGCCAAACCCUAUUACGUGGUGGACUACCUCUGUAUCGAGUGAAGGACUAUAAUGGCGAAGAAAUCCAUGGCACUUUCUACCAGUCGGAGCUACAGAAAGUAGACGUCAAAAAUGACGACCUGUGGAAAGUGGAGAAAAUCCUAAACACGAUAGGUCGAGGCGUCAACAAACAGCACUAUGUCAAGUGGUUGCACUGGCCCAAGAAGUUCAAUUCCUGGAUACGAGCCUCUGACGUUCAAGCUAUUGAAUAG